GCUUUACCGCACUCGUUCUCGUUCUUGUUCUAGGGUUCUUUAUCUCCCCUUUGAUCAUCGAGUUCGUCCCAGCUUCGAAGGCGACAGCUCCCACCGAUCUCCGAAGGCUCAUAAAUCUGGCCUCCUUACUGAGUUUGCCUUAGGCCCCCAAAUGCAUUGAGCCGCCCCUGGGCCUCCAUCCAGCCCGUACAAGCCCUGCCGCCGUUUUUCGACAGCGAUGGAUACCAUGUUUCCUGAUUCGGAUUCUAUCGAUGAUAUUCUUCUUCCACCUCCUGUCGCCGCCACUGAGCAAACAUUGGGUAAAUUUCGACCCAAGCUACGCGUUAAAACUACUAAAAUGGCUCCUGUGUCCUCCAGUAUAUCUGAUGCUACCCAACCCAUUCAGCUUAGGGAUUCCGAUCCAGAUACUGAGCAUCAGGAGCAUUUAAAUGUUCCACCUUUUCAUGUUGCUGAUUCAUGUACUAUUGCCCCUGACGACCAUGUCGCUCAAGAAUCUGUGAAUCAAUCAAAGACCAAGAAUUCAGAAGAUUUUAUAUCAAACAUUGACAAUGGGGAAGGUCUACAGCAGGAUCAAAGACAUCCGGGGGAGGAUGCAGAUAUGUUCUUCAGUGUGGAUUCCUUUGACAAUCUUUUGCAGCCUACCUCAACCAAUGCAAGGGCUGUGGGUAGAUUUAAACCUAAAGCCACGCAGCCACAAAACAAGAAACUUGUAACACCAUCUAGUGCUGUUUUGGGAUUUGAUGAAUCAGUUAGUGCCUCAAAUCUUAACUCCAGCAGCUCUCCACUGGAGGCUGUUCCCGAUAAACUUCAUGCAACUCAAGAACCACUUCGCCUAAUCAAUGAAUCAGUGGUUCACAAUGAGACUUCACAAUGUGGAGCAGAAAUCUCUGAGAAGGGCAUAAAUUUGCAAUCUGAUCUUGUUAAGUCAGAAGCAGAGGUGAGGGCAGAAAUUUCCGGCAUGGAAUCGCUUGAUGACAUUCUUUUUCUUCCUGAUGGAACUUCUGAUUCUGCAGAUCACCCAGAGGCUUCACAUUGCAAAGACUUACAAAUUGAUGGCGAAAAAGAGGAGGCUUCAAAGCAUGAUCAAGAAAAACCUGUUGAGAUUGCAGAUACAUUCUUCAGUAUGGAAUCUCUUGAUGACAGUUUUCAACAUGGGCCAACCACUGAAUCCUGUCAGGAUGGGUGUCAUGUCUCUCGGAGUGAUGGUAAUUUCCAGGCCAUCCCUAAGAAACUGGCAGAAGAGGUAAUGAUGUUGCCUUUUGGCAUGGAACUGCUUGAUGACAUUUCUUUCUCACCCAGCACUGCUGCUGUAAAACAAGUAGGCAAGUUUCAGCCUAAGCUUGCAUCACGACCAAAAGGCGGAAAAGCUAAAUCAGUAUCUUUUGCUCUUCCUAAUGCUCGUGAAACUACUGCUCCUUCUGUGGAGACCUGUUCUGAGAGCAACUCCACAAGAACAGAUCCUCCCUUCGAGGAUAUAAUGAGUGAUGGAUAUUUGGAAAACCAUCAGCACUCAUCAUCUGUAAACUAUGAUUUCAAUGGAGAUUUCCAAAUGGAUCAUGGGAAGAUGGGAGAAGAGGGCAUGUCAGAGUCUUCAGGCCUUGAAUCUUUCAACACACUUCUUUCUCUGCCAAUGUCAACUGCAGCUCAAUCUGCGGGUAAGUUCCAACCAAAGCCUAGUGCCAGAACAAAGAUUGUGAAAUCUAAUGCUUCUGCGGUUAGAACUGGUGCCAUGGAUACCGUGCCGUGUGAAUGUGAUUCUCUUCCUCCAGAGGCUGAGUCCUUGGGGGGUCAUGCUUCUGGCUUUCCGGCAGAUCCUCUCAUUGAUUCUACGUUGCCUAUGCCAUCUGAGUUGGCUCAAGAGCAGGCUGAUCUGUUCAAGACAUGUACACUUGAAGCUGCAACUUUAGGAGGCAGGAAGACUACACAAACUACUGAAAUAUCGUCAGAAGGAGAUAAUCAUCUAAGUGGAGAAAGAGAACCAACAGAAUUAUUGCAGGAUAUUGGCGUUCAGGCCCAUUCCCCAAAUACGGAAGAGCUUACUCAGCAGAUCCAGGAAGAAAAACAUAAUUCCGAAACUAUUGAAGAUAUUGCAGCUAGUAAACCAUCAAGGAAAUUGAGAAAACGGCUCUACAUGCAUGGUACUGGAAAACCAGACGGUGGAAUGGAUGUUGGUUGGAAUGUUGAAGAGUCUAACAUCUCUCAAAUGGAUGAGGACCAAAGUGAUGAUGAAUAUAUGGGUGAAGAUGAGCCCAAGAAGAAGAGGGUGCCAAAAAAAUCAAAGAGGAAGAUGACUGAAACAGCGAAACCAGAACAGAAGCCCAAAAGAGCUUCUGGAAAACCUGAUUCCAUUGCAGAGGAACUACCAAAAAAGAGGUUCCCUCAUGGAACACGGCGGAAGAGACGGCAAGUGAACAAGGUUUUGCUGGAAACACCCGAGGAUGAGAUUGACCGAAGGCAGCUUAGAAUAAAAGAUCUAAUAAUGCUUGCUGAGGCUAAGGAGCGAAUAUCGAAUAAAGAAGCAGCAGCACUUACGAAAUCCUUUCCCAAUCAAAGCAAUACUGGUUCCUUUCCCAGUAGAACCCAUCUUGAUGAAGACAAUUUUUUCGGAGAGGAGGAAGAACAAAACCUUCAUGGUGAAGGAAAUCAUAGCAUUCAACCAAAUUCUACAAAAUUGAAUUACCAUUCCUACAUGAAUAGGCCGCAAUCAGUGAGAUGGUCAAAAGCAGAUACAGAGCUGUUUUACCAGGCUAUUCGUCAAUUUGGAACAGAUUUUGCAAUGAUACAACAACUGUUCCCUAAUCGUACACGCCAUCAAGUGAAACUGAAGUUUAAGAAUGAAGAGCGCAGGCAUCCUUUGCAAGUUCAUGAUGCUUUAGUCCAUCGCUCCAAAGAUCAUGCACAUUUUGAACGAGUAAUUCAAAAGCUGCAAACUCAGGCAGAGCAAAACUCUUACAAAGAAACAACUGAUGAUCCACCUACUGUUUCACAGGAUGCGGUCAGUGAAAAUGAGGAAGAGGGAGGGAAACUCACUAAAGAAGAGGAGGCUAACGGUUGCGGCGGUGAAGUUCAGAGCCCCGUGGAAUCUGAUUGGAAAUUUGAGGCUCAGGAUCCGCCAGAGGUUUCUGAGUAUGAAACUGUUUUUGAUUGGGAUGCCAGUGCUUCCUAUCCACAUGACUUGGAAAAAGAGACAUUUGAUGAAUUCUGAAUUAUAUUAUGGUUGUGUUGCUAUCUCUCAAUGAUGUUUCGUAUUUAAAUGGAAAUUAGAGAAGGAAAUUUGCCUGCAAUAUAUUAUGAUAUUGAGAUCCGUUUCUGUCAUAGAAAACAAGAUGAGCCUAAGCCUCGGCAUUGUGCGAGUUUAGAUGCAGACUCCACUCUGGCAGGGAGUGCAUAAGUGAGUGCCCCCUCCUUCCUUCAUGAUAUAGCAAGGAAGGCAGCGGAAACUAAAACAGCCUGGUGCAAGAUAAAGAGGCAGCGAACAAACUGGAGCCUAUUCUGAACAGUGAUUUCAUGGCUGAUCCUGUUGCAACAGAGGUACCAUGAAGCAAUAUGUUUCAGAACCAAGUUCGCCUAAACAUGAUGAUCCAAAGCCGUGAAUCCUACUAAUGAUAGUGGUGACAUGGAGUUGAAUGGACUUUCUUCAGCGCCUUCUUGGUCUCUCUCUCUCUCUCUCUUUUAUAGCUGAUAGUAUCUACAGGGUCUCCUGUAUAAAGCUAAAUAGUUUAUAGUAAAGUAUCCGUUUGGGCAA